CCCUCGAUGCCUUGCGCAGGAACGCCUUUCCUACCGAACCCUCUCGGCGGGGGCAGCUGCGUACGUUGUCAUAGUGACCAUUUCAAGUUAACCGGUCUGGGGCCUCCGUCCGGGUGUCUGGGGCGGCUCUUAGGCCAGUCCUGGAAAGGUCCCCCUCCCCCCAAGCCGGCCCGGGGCUCCGUGGGGGCGUCUGGGCCCAGAGCUGCCCCUCCCCUGGGGUUCGCAGAGUGGGGGACCAUGGCGGCCGAAGAAGAUGAGGAGGUGGAGUGGGUCGUGGAGAGCAUCGCGGGCUUCCUCCGCGGCCCUGACUGGUCCAUCCCCAUUUUGGACUUUCUGGAACAGAAGUGUGAAGUUUUUGAUGAUGAAGAAGAAAGCAAGUUGACAUAUACAGAAAUUCAUCAGGAGUACAAAGAACUGGUUGAAAAACUGUUAGAAAGUUAUCUAAAAGAAAUUGGAAUUAAUGAAGAUCAGUUUCAAGAAGCAUGUACUUCUCCUCUUGCAAAAUCCCGGACAUCACAGGCCAUCUUGCAACCAGUGUUGGCAGCUGAAGAUUUCAGUAUAUUUAAAGCAAUGAUGGUCCAGAAAAAUAUAGAAAUGCAGUUGCAAGCAAUUCGAAUAAUUCAAGAGAGAAAUGGUGUAUUACCUGACUGUUUAACAGAUGGUUCUGAUGUGGUCAGUGAACUUGAACAAGAGGAAAUGAAAAUCCUGAGGGAAGUUCUUAGAAAAUCAAAAGAAGAAUAUGAGCAAGAAGAAGAAAGAAAGAGAAAUAAACAGUUUUCAGAUUCUGAAAGAGAAGAUCCUUCAGCAUAUUCACCUGAAGCUGCAAAAAUGAAAAAAUCUCUAGGAGAUGAUCCAAAUUUUGCUCUUACAUCUUCAGAGGUAAAAGCUCAUUUUGCUGGGAGAUCACUACAGUCUUUGGGAAGAAAUUUGGAAACAUUAUCUGAAACUUCUUCUCCCAAAUUGAAGGAAGAUACUAUCACAGCUGGCUUGGAACAGGUGAUCAAAGGAGGACCAUUAUCAAAUUUAUCAGCACUUGGAAGAGAGCAGCUCCAGCAACGAGAGGACUACCUAAAGCAGAAGAGAGAUAAACUGAUGUCUAUGAAAAAGGACCCAAGGAUCAAACAGAUAUACAAUAUAGAGCAGCAGAAAGGAAAAUCUGCUGAGGAGGAAAUUGCAGAGAAGCCAGAAAUGACAGCAGAGGAGAAGCAAACAUUACUAAAGAGGAGACUGAUUGCAGAGAAACUUAAAGAAGAAGUCAUUAAUAAGUGAUAAUUUUAAGAAAGUUAAUUUAGUAAAACAAGUUUGAAUUUCUUUAAAAUAAAUUAUUGAAUCCUUAAA